CCAGUCACAGUGAAGUGAUAAUGAAACCCCACCUCUCACCAUCUCCAGAUGGAGAUCUCCUACCGUUCCAGUGGUGUUGUACUGACUCCCCCCUCUGUCACCUCUACCUGAAGAAGAGACCAUUGGACCGAUGUCAGGGCUACAGCUGGGACAGAGCUGAUGGUCACACUACAAAGGGUGCUAAGACGACCCAGGGUGUAGCCAUGGUGUUUGGCAGCCUCCACUUCCACACCUUUGAUGGUACCGAGUACACCUUCAAGGCUCUGGGAGAGUUUGUUCUUCUGCGUCUCUCCACCGUCACUGGCUCCAACGUCUUCACCCUGCAAGGACAGACUGACCGGCUGCACGUAGGCACGGGGGGGCCCAUGGAAGUCCCCGUGGUGGUCCGCCUGGCUGCCUUCCACCAGGGCAUCGGCAAGAUUGAGUUGAGAAGUGCACAGAACAAUGAAGGACUCCAGAUGUUUGUGGACGAUGUUGAGGUUCCAGUCACAACUGAAGUCCUGCGUCAGCCCAACAAGGACUUUGCUGUUCGCUGCGUGUCAGUGAAGCGCUGUGUGGUGGUCUACGCCGGGGGUCUGAAUGUUUUAGCAUGGAGGGUGGAUGGCUCUAACCAGCUGGGGGCGAUAGUGGGUGUCCCCCAAACCUUCUACAACCACACCGUGGGUCUGAUGGGUCACUGGAGCUCCAACCACUCAAAUGACUUCCUCAUGUCUGACGGCGUCAUCCUGCCGUCAGCUGACACGCCGCCGCCUGAGGAGGAGAUCCAGUUGUUUGGUCUGUCCUGGGCGGUACCAGACCCAGAGAGCCUGCUGUUCUCUCCACCUCCACUGGAACCACUGCAGCCUGUCUCCUCUCAGGACCUGCUGUCCAGUGUCAGUCCUGCUGAGGUGGAGGAGAUGAGGAGGAGCUGUAAGGGCAACAUGUUGUGUGUCCUGGACACCGUAGCGACCGGCAGCCCUGAGCUGGGCCAGAAUACCCUGAUGGCAGACAUUGAUUACUCCAAAAUGGCUCAGGUCUACGGUAACAUGCCGCCCAUAGUGACAGAGCCGACCAUGAUCCGCUGUAAGGUGAACUCCGCUCUCAGGGUUCAGAUUGUCGCCAAGGACCCCAAUGGAGACCCCAUCACCUUCUCCAUGCUCUAUCCCAGGCCUCCGGGGGCUUCCAUCGGCGGCAGUGACGGCUUCCUGUUGUGGACCCCCGUCAGCACCCAGCCUGUCCAUCUGACUCUGAAGGUCAGCGACGACCGGUCCAGCUCACUCUUCACUCCGAUUCUGCGUAUCUGCAGCUGUCUGAACGGAGGAACGUGCCAGUACGACAGUGUCAUCGAGAACCACCUGAAGGGAAAGUUCCAGGUGGUGGGCUGCCUGUGUCCACCGGGCUUCAGUGGGAAGUUCUGUGGAAACUCUUCCAAUAUUUGUCGAGGCCAGCCCUGUUUCAGAGGAGUGGACUGUUUCCCACAGACGCAGCCUGAUGCGUUCACCUGUGGAGAGUGUCCUGAGAAUACUGUCUCUAGUGGACAGCAGGGGUACAAGUGCUUCGAACAUGACAUGUGCCUCCCCCCGUUUCCCUUCCCUUGCCACGAAGACGCCGACUGUGUCAGCACCAAACAGAACUACACCUGCAGCUGUAAGAGCGGAUAUGAAGGAGACGGAGUGAGCUGCUCAGACAUAGACGAGUGUGCAGACCUGUCCACCUGCCAGAACGCCAAGUUUGAGUGUAAGAACACGCCGGGCUCAGUCGAAUGUAUCUGCAGAUACAAAGACUCCAACGGAUGUGGUGACUCUGCCAACCCCCCAGGGUCCAAUUUGUUCAACGUCUCAGUGAACUGGAAGGACACCAGACCUGAUGGACUCAAACAGUUGGAAGACAUUCUGAAGAUGGGCUUUCAGAACAAGUUCUACAAUGCCAGUAAAAAGGUUUCAGGCCCGGGGUCCACACAGGCCGUGGAGUAUCGUGUCAACAUGUCCAGCGACACCCCCCACUGGUAUGUCAGGGACUACAUGGCCAGAGUCAGCAACCACUACGGCAUUAACAGUAUUUCUGUUGACGAUGUGGACGAGUGUCAGAGCAUGGAGGCCCAGUGUGUCCCUCCAGCCCAGUGUACUAACACCUACGGAGGCUACAGGUGUCUGUGUAACGGUACCGACAUGGACGAGAGCCAGAGCUGUGUGUUAGAACAACAUCAGACUGGGAAACCCAGGCUGGACCUCAUCCUGGGUCUGGUCCUGGGUCUGGGUAUCCCUCUGCUCCUGCUGCUCCUCCUGGCCUUACUGGCGUGUUGUUACUGCUGCUGCAAGAAGAAGAAGACGACAGAAGAUGUGCCCCACCUGUUGCCCAACCAUGUGCAGAAUCACUACAGCCCGCCUCCGCCCUUCAACUACUCCGACCCGUCUCUGCGCUACAUCAGCCACUGCAGUCCACGGAUCAUAGACAACAUCAAACCCAGGCAACGCCCCAGAUAGCACACACUCGGACAUCAACCCCCUGCCCCCCCUCUCACCGCCGGCACCAGGUUAGGUUUCAGUCUGUACAAAACAAAAAAAACACAAAGACAACUGAAGCACCUUUCACAGCCCUGUGUUUUGUAAGGACAUUUAUUUAUAUUGUAAUAAAUACCUGAUUGAAGCUGAAUGACUUUUGAAGCAGGUGACCCCCACGGCCCCCGGUCCCCCUCCCUCUACUGAGUGAGAGACCUACCAAAUGUGAGCUGAAUUUGUUUUUUUUCUGCCAGGACGACAGUUUACAGUCAGUCUGACCCAGCAGAACUUGACAAUCACUUGGCCGAGGCUGUUGAUGAAAAGAUACCACUGCAGUGGUUUUUAGCUUCCAGCUGAUCCUGGGCCAGGAGCAUCCCUGAUAGCAACAUUAGCCCCAAACCUGGCAUCUGACACUGCUGACCUCUGUUCUCACUUAUCCUCCCCCCCUUCUCAGGGUGUUUCUGCUCCUAAAAAUAUAUACCUAAAUAAUUUCAAAACAUUCACCUAAUUACAAUCAUAAAAACUGUUCUUAUCCGUUCCAGGUUAUUUUUUUUUCCCACUAUAAAACUAAUGAUUGGUCCGAUCUGUCAGUCAAACCUCCAGCUGAAUGAUGAUUAACCAGUCACGGAGUGACUCAGGGUUUUCACUGGCAGGUGUCUCUUCCAAAGUUGAGCCGUGGAGUGAAGCCAAAAGAUAUCACUGUGUAUAUAUAGUUUAAAUCAAUAAAUAUUUAACUGAGAGUAUUUGCUUUGAUGAGUGAAUUUUGAAAAAUAUACAUUUUUUUUUUUUAAUAUGGACUUAGUGCAGACAAAUGACCCGUCCUAUCAUCAUCUAAAGUCACCACUUCAUUAAAAACACUUUGAUGACUUACACCAGAGAUCAACACUAACAUUUUAAUCACAUUUAAGUGAAAUUAACCAAAUACCAUUUAAUCGCCACAAAAUACACCUCACUUCACUUGAUGGCAGAUUAUAACAACGUUUAUUUCUUCAGUCGAUUUAAAAUGUAUCGUUGUGAACUGCAAUACCGUUAGUGGCCAGCAGAUGUGCCAAGUGAGUCUUCUACACGAGGCAGCUCAGUCUCAUUCGUUAAUAGGCCAGGUUUAAGCAGCAGUGUCAUGCUGUUGGGUGCACACACACACAGUCUCACACACACUCACACACAGAGCCCUGCUGAGGGAUGACUAGACACCCACUCUGCAGCCUUGAUGUGGAAGUUACCACAGCAUGCGGUGGACACUGCUGCCACCUGCAGAAUGAGCUCAUCUGAGUGGGGGUGGGAGGUGCAGUGGGGAUGGGGUGCAGAGGGACAAGCAGCCCUGCAGGUGUCUGCCACUGCAGAGAGAGUCCUGACCUGUUCCACUGCCUGGGUCAAGGACAGGACACUCCUGGAAACGCUGCUCCUCUCCUCGCGCCCCCGACUGGAGUUGUGCAACAAAUUACAAACCCUGCGUAAUCUCAGCUCCACUUCCUGAUUGGUUAGUUUGUUUCAACAACACUGACCGACUCAGUAAAGUUAACACAGCAGCAGGUUUGUCUGUAGCCGAGCUGAUGCUGAUCGGUGAACAGCAGCCAGUGAGGAUGAAGUCGCCACGGCUCUGUGCCUCUGUGGUGGCGCUCUUCUGGAAGCUUCCAAGUAGCAGUGUUUCAUGUGCUGCUGAAGGCUGCAGUGUUGAAUUCCAGCUCAACGCUGACUGCAGAAGACAACCUGGAGGUAGGCCAGUGAGGCAGAGAGGGGAGGAGAGGGACAGGAGGAGGUGCUGGACGGAGGAGGAGGCAGUGGGGGGGGGGGUCAUUCUGACAGCCUGUAGAUGGUUUUGUCCACCAGAUCCCCUCCGUUAAGAAGCUAGUAACAGGCAAGUUUGGAGGCCAUUCUGAGGGGGGGGUGCUGGAGGGAGGAGGAUAUCAAACUACAGUUGUUUGUGCGCUGCAUGUCAUUUUAUGACAACAAGACAGAAGUUGGCGAGGAACAUCAACAAUCCUCUUAUGUGCUUUAACUAGUGUAAUCAUGUCUGUUUUGUGAUGUGAUGUUGGUAAGCCAGUUAGUUGUCAGUGGAACUCUGAUUGGAUUGGCUGAUGUGUGUCCAGCCUGGACCAUAUAUGGCUAAUGCCCUCCGAGCGUCAACGAGCUGUCAAACCAUUCAUGCUGACUGGAAGUCGUUUACAGUAAAGUCCAAUGACCUUUGGCCUCCAGUCCUGGGAACCGGGAGCAUCUCAAAGAGCUCUUUGAUGGAGACAGAAUUUUCACAAAAUACAAAUAUUUGUGUAUAUAUGUGUGUGUGUGUGUGUGUGUGUGUGUAUAUGUGAUGAGAAGACGAGAAGAACUGCCCCCACAGCCUCCACCCCAGCAGACAAACACAGAGCUGGACCUCCAUCCAUGACAACCAAACGAGUGCCUUUCUUUGCUGUGUAAGCUGAUCUGCUCCUCUGGCGUGGAACCAGCAGGUGCAUUACCAAGCCUCAUUUAUUAGUCAUGGCAGCGGCGUCUUUCAGUUACACAGGUAAACAUCUUCUCAUAUUUGUCACCGCUGCGUUGUCCAUCAAAGUCCUCGCAGGUUGAAGUAGUGGAACACCCUACUACAGUUUUACUGCUCAGCUGCUGUGGACCAUGAUUACACAGGCCUA